AUGAGUUUCAGCGUGGAGGAGCGAGGGAAGCCCAACACACAGGACUACAGAGUGUACUUCAAAAACUCAGAGGGCAAGUACAUUUCACCAUUCCACGACAUACCAAUCUUUGCGGAUGAAGCGCAGAACAUCUUUCAUGCUGUAGUGGAGGUUCCAAGAUGGACAAAUGCAAAAAUGGAGAUUGCAACCAAGGAUCCUCUGAACCCACUGAGGCAGGAUGUGAAAAAGGGUGCCCUGCGUUACGUGUGCAACGUGUUCCCACACAAAGGCUAUAUCUGGAACUAUGGGGCCAUCCCCCAGACAUGGGAAGACCCUGGCCACAGAGAUGAGGCCACAGGCUGCUGUGGCGACAAUGAUCCCAUCGAUAUUUGUGAUAUUGGCAACAAGGUUUGCUCACGUGGCGAGGUAAUUAGAGUGAAAGUCCUGGGUAUACUGGCGCUGAUAGAUGAGGGUGAAACAGAUUGGAAAGUCAUUGUUAUAAAUGUAGAAGAUCCCGAGGCAGAGGAUUUUAAUGAUAUCGAUGAUGUGAGAAGACUCAAGCCUGGGUACCUGGAGGCGACACUAGACUGGUUCAAAAUGUACAAAGUGCCAGAUGGGAAACCAGAAAAUCAAUUUGCAUUCAAUGGCGAAUUCAAAAACAGGGACUUUGCCGUUAAGACGGUGAAAGAUACCCAUGGAUUUUGGAAAGCGCUGAUCUCCAAAAAGACGAAUGCUGGGGAGCUCAACUGCAUGAAUACUUGUGUGUCAGACAGUCCUUUCUGCUGCUCAGAGGCUGAUGCCAAAGCUAUUGUUGAUGCGGCAAGUGCUUCUGGUGAUGCAGAGCCUAUCCCAAGCUCAGCGGACAAGUGGUACUACUACAAUAAGUAG